UGGAGAUUGCUGGGGCCCGGGCGUCGGGCCCUGGGUUCGAAUGCCGCCCCUCGCCUGCUGUGUGACCUUGGGCCGGUCAUUGGUCUGGAAAACGGGGCGCGCUGCCCGCCCCGCUGCGGCCAGGGAUGGACCCUCAACGGAUCGCGCCUUCCCAGCGCUUAGCACAGCGUUCUGCACCCCGGAAGCGCUCAGACGGUGAAGGCGUCGGAGGGCGAGGCCGGGGGCUCCCCGGGCGGGCGGCCAUGGAGGACGACGAGGUGCAGAGCGGCAGCGACGCGGCCCGGCGGCCCGAGGGCGAGGAGGAGCCGUCGGAGAGCGGGCUGGGCGCGGGCACCUCCGAGGCCGCGUCCGCCGACGGCGGCGGCGCCGCCCCCCGGCCCGGAUGCCGCUCCCCGGAGGAGGCGUCCGCGAGCGGCCCCGGCCCGGACGCCGCCCGGCGGGGCUACCUGCCCGACUCCUCCCCCGUGGGCCCGGCCGCCCUCGCGUCCGACUCCGCCGCCUCCGACCUCGGCGCCGCCAUCGACAGGAUCAUCGAGUCCACCAUCGGGCCCGACCUCAUCCAGAGCUGCAUCGCGGUGACCGGCGCCGAGGCGGAGACCACCCGGUACCUGAUCCUCCAGGGGCCGGACGACGGCGCCCCCGCGGGGUCCGGGCCGCCCGAGGCCCCCGCCGACGGGCCGACGUCCACCUCCGCCUGCCCGGGCCCCGAGGAGCCGGACCUGCAGAGCCUGGAGGCCAUGAUGGAGGUGGUGGUCGUCCGCCAGUUCAAAUGCAAGCUGUGUCGCUUCUGCAGCACCAGCAAGCCGCCCCUCCUCAGGCACAUGCGCCAGAGGCACUUCCGGCCGGCGACGGGGCAGAGGAGCGGGGGGCCUCGCAAGCGGGGGGCCGCGCCCCGGGAGGAGGACGAGGAGGAGGAGGAGGAGGAGGACGAUGACAUCGUGGACGCCGGGGCCAUCGACGACCCCGAGGAGGACAGCGACUACAACCCGGCCGAGGACGAGGAGGCCCGGAGCCGGCCCCCGGCCGCCCCCGCCGGGGAGGACGCGGCGGGGGCCCGGCCCGGGGACGCGGCGGGGCCCCGCGACGACCCCCCGGCCCCCGCCACCCCCCGCCGCCGCGGACGCCCCUCCAGCCGCCUCCUCGGCAAGAAGUACCGCAAGUACCCGGGACGCAGGUGCUGCUUCAAGCCGCCCAAGCCGCCGCUGAGACCCCACCUCUGUCGCGUGUGCGGAUCGCGCUUCCUGUCCGCCGAAGACCUGCUCUUCCACGUCAACUCCCACGAGGGCGGGGACCCCAACCUCUUCAAGUGUCUCCAGUGCAACUACCGCUGUCGUCGCUGGUCUUCUCUCAAGGAGCACAUGUUCAACCACGCGGGGAGCAAGCCCUACAAGUGCGAGCACUGCGACUACUCCAGCGUCUACAGGAAGGACGUCAUCCGCCAUUCGGCCGUGCACAACCAGGACAGGAAGAAGAAGCCGGAGCCGGCCCCGAAGCUCAGCUCCUUCCCCUGCCCCGUGUGCGGCCGCGUCUACUCGAUGCAGAAGCGGCUGACGCAGCACAUGAAGUCCCACAGCCCCGACAAGCCGCACAUGUGCGACAAGUGCGGCAAGUCCUUCAAGAAGCGCUACACCUUCAAGAUGCACCUGCUCACCCACAUCCACGCCGUCGGCCACCGCAGGUUCAAGUGCGAGUUCUGCGAGUUCGUGUGCGAGGAGAAGAAGCAGCUGCUCAACCACCAGAUCGGCCACGUGAACGACAAGCCCUUCAAGUGCGGCUUCUGUCCCUACCGCACCUUCCGCGAGGACUUCCUGCUGGCCCACGUGGCCGUCAAGCACACAGGGGGCAAGCCCUUCGGCUGCGAGUUCUGCCACUUCAGCACGCGGCACAAGAAGAACCUGGGCCUGCACGUACGGUGCCGCCACCCGGGCAGCUACGAGGACUGGGCCCGGCGCCACCCCGAGGAGCCGCCCGCCGCCCGCCGCCCGCGCCGCCCCGUCUUCUCCCCGCAGCAGAUCGAGGAGCUGAGGCGGCGGCACGGCCGGGCCUCGGCCGCCCCCGCCGCCCCGGCCCCGCCGGAGACCGGGCCGGUCCCGCGGCCCCCCGAGGACCCCCCCCCGCGCCCGGACGUCCCGGGGGCGGAAGGCGCCGCCGUCAUCUACCGGCAGGGAGCCGGGGAGGCGGCGGCGGCCACGCGGACGGCCCUGGACCUGCUGCUGAACAUCGGCGCCCGGCCGGAGGCCGGGGGCGCCGCGCUGCAGGUGGCGGUGGUGAAGGCGGCCGGCGGGGACGACCCCCCGGCCCCCGCCCGCCUGCUGACCCCGCGUCCGGCGGGGCCCGGCGCCGGGCGGGCGGAGGGCGGGCCGGACCCGCGGCCGACGGCCCUCGCCGCCGCGGCCCUGCCCGGCGGCGGGUACGGCGUCCCGGCCGCCCCGCCGCCGGCCGACGACGGGACCCCGUACAGCGCGGAGCCCCCGGCGGAGGCGGCCCCGGCCGACGCUCCCGGAAGCUCGGAGGCGGACGGCGCCCGUCUGCGGCACCCGGAGCCGGGCGCCGAGCCGGCGUCCUCGGCCGCCGCGCCCGCCGCCCCCUCACCCCCGUCCUCGGCCAAGAAGUUCUCGUGCCGGAUCUGCACGGAGGGCUUCUCCAGCCGCGCCGAGAUGGAGAGCCACAAGCGGGCCCACGCCGGGCCCGGCUCCUUCAAGUGCCCCGACUGCCCCUUCGCCGCCCGCCUGUGGCCCGAAGUCCGGGCCCACCUGAGGCAGCACGCCAGCCUCCGACCCCACCAGUGCGGCCAGUGCAGCUUCGCCUCCAAGAACAAGAAGGACCUGCGGCGCCACGUCCUCACCCACACCAACGAGAAGCCCUUCUCCUGCCACCUGUGCGGGCAGCGCUUCAACCGGAACGGCCACCUCAAGUUCCACAUCCAGCGGCUGCACGGCCCGGAAGGGAAGAGCCGGGAGCCCCCCGGGCCCGCCGGACCCCCGACCCGGACCAUCAUCCUCAACGGGGACGAGGACGCCCUGGCCACCCUGCAGAGCGCCCUGCAGGCCGGCCAGGCGGUGCUCACCCCCGAGAGGCUCCAGCAGGCCCUGGGCCAGGACCACAUCAUCGUGGCCCAGGAGCAGGCGGUGACCGACCAGGAGGAGACGGCCUACAUCCAGGAGAUCACCACGGCCGACGGCCAGACGGUCCAGCAGCUCGUGACCGCCGAUAACCAGGUGCAGUAUAUCAUCUCCCAGGAGGGCAUGCACCUGUUACCCCAGGAGUACGUCGUGGUACCCCAGGGACACCACAUCGAGGUGCAGGAGGGCCAGAUCGCCCACAUCCAGUACGAGCCGGCGGUGCCGUUCCUGCCGGAGCCGCAGAUCCAGUACGUGCCCGUGGCGCCCGGGCAGAGGCUGGUCACUCAGGCCCAGCUGGAGUCGGCCGUCACGGCGGUGGCCGACGCCGCCCGGGAGCUGUUCGGCGCCGAGGAGGAGGAGGGGCCCGACCCGGUCCGCCGGCUGCAGCACCAGGGCGUGGAGUACGACGUCAUCGCCCUGACGGACGGCUGACCGGGGGGUCGGGGCCGCGGCGGGACCCCUCCGCUUGCCGUUUCGGGAAUAAAGGCGGAAGGCCGAGGA